UUUAUGAUUACUGUUUGUUGAUAGCAAUCAUAAAUCUCGCUGAAAGCUACUCUUUAUUUGUUUUCAUAUUUAUUUUGGUGCAAUGACUUUGACACUGAUUGGAUUGCCUCUCCUCUCUCCUCUGUAGCUCUGAUUGAUGCCAACUUUCUAAUCUCUCUACUCUCUCCGUGACUCUGUAUAGUAUAGUUCUCUUCAUCUAAAUAAUAGCCUUAAGAGUUUUUCUUUUCUUUUGUUUUGUUAUACUAAAAUUUGUUUUGUUUGAAGACGUCUUGUGGUGAAAUUAUUAGCAAGCGUGUCUCUCUAUGGAGCGGUAUGAAGUCUUGGAGCAGAUCGGGAAAGGGUCCUUUGGCUCUGCUCUUCUUGUCAGACACAAACAAGAACGAAACAAAUACGUAUUGAAAAGGAUCCGUCUCGCCCGCCAGUCUGAUAGGGCUCGCCGAUCAGCUCAUCAGGAGAUGGAGCUCAUUUCUACUGUCCGCAAUCCAUUUGUUGUAGAGUACAAAGAUUCAUGGGUUGAAAAGGGUUGCUAUGUGUGCAUCGUUAUUGGAUAUUGUGAAGGCGGAGACAUGACAGAAACCAUAAAAAGAGCAUGUGGUGUUCAUUUCCCUGAAGAGAAACUAUGCCAAUGGCUUGUCCAACUCUUAAUGGCACUCGAUUAUCUGCACUCCAACCAUAUUCUUCACCGUGAUGUCAAGUGUUCUAACAUAUUCUUGACAAAAGAGCAAGACAUACGGCUUGGUGACUUUGGACUCGCUAAGAUUCUAACUUCUGAUGACCUUACAUCCUCUGUUGUUGGAACUCCAAGUUACAUGUGCCCUGAGCUUCUUACUGACAUACCUUACGGAUCAAAGUCAGACAUUUGGUCUUUGGGAUGCUGCAUGUAUGAAAUGGCUGCUCAUAAACCUCCGUUCAAAGCUUCCGAUGUGCAGACAUUGAUCAACAAAAUACACAAGUUGAUAAUGGAUCCUAUUCCUGCCAUGUAUUCCGGUUCAUUCCGAGGCCUUAUCAAAAGCAUGUUGAGGAAAAAUCCUCAACUCAGGCCUAGUGCUAAGGAGCUGCUUAACCAUCCUCAUCUUCAGCCUUACAUCAGUAUGGUUUAUCUGAAGCUGGAGAGUCCCAGACGAAGCACUUUUCCACUCCAAUUUCCUGAGAGGGUCGCUACAGUGAAGGAAAGAAGGAGUUCGUUUAGCAACGACAGAAGAUUGAAUCCGAGUAUCUCUGAUACAGAAGCAGGUUCUGUGUCUUCUUCAGGAAAAGCAUCUCAUUCACCAAUGUUUAAUGUAAGAAAAGUGUCAGAAGUAACUGUUGGAGUCGUCAGAGAAGAGAUUGUUUCUCAGAGGCAGGAGGGAGUCAAGAAACAAUCAGGUGCAGCCGGAACACCAAGAUUGGCUGCAGGGACCUCAGCUAAAGCAUCUGUCAUGUCGAAGAGGCUUGAAACGGCGCCACGUACUGUCUCCAAACAUGAAGUGCAGGUAUCAGAUCCUAGAGACAGGAGAAGGAGAGCAUCUCUUCCGUUGGUCGUGGAAAAUCCUAAGACGACUUAUGAAUCGGACAUCACAGCUCUGUGUGGCCUAAACUCGCCAGAUGUUUCUGUGAACGUUCCAAGAUUCGACAAGAUAGCUGAAUUCCCUGAGGAUAUCGAGAUAGCCUCAGGAGCACUAGGUGGGCGGCGCUCUUUAUCUUCUCAUCCUCGGCCUGAUCAUGGUGAGGAAAAUGCCAACCGUUCGAUCACAAAGGACAAGUGUACUGUACAGAAAAGGUCAGUUUCGGAGAUAAAAGAGAGAAGGUUUGACACGUCUUCGUAUCAGCAGCGUGCGGAGGCUCUAGAGGGACUGCUGGAGUUCAGUGCAAGGCUUUUGCAACAAAAACGGUACGAUGAGCUUGGCGUUCUGCUAAAGCCCUUUGGAGCCGAGAGGGUGUCACCGAGGGAGACGGCCAUCUGGUUAACUAAGAGCUUCAAAGAAGCUUCCGUGUAGAUGAAGCAACAACUAGUUCGCUUUCCUACUCACUUGUCCUUUUGCUUGUCCGUGUGAGCUACUGUAUAUAUAAAAUAAAUAAAUAAAAAAACGGCGAUGCUUUCGAUUCUCACUA